CAACCGGUAUUCUCCCCCCGCACCCCCCUCCUUCUUCCCCUGAAUGAGUUAUUUCCCUUUUUAAUGCGCGCGUGAGACAUGAGCUCCGAGACUGAAAACACAGCUCAGCGGAUAUAAUCAUCAGACACGGUAUGAUUGUCAGGAUGCUGAAACUGCGAAUGCUCAAUGCUAUUGCACCAGCCUACUUCUAUGCUGCCACAGCAGUCACCUUUGUUCUCCAUUUCUUCCUUUUCAUCCCCACUAUUUUCCAAACCCAAAAUGUUACACUGAGUCCCAUCAUGCUGCUCCACAUUACUGUUUUACUCUUUUUUAUGCUCAAUGCACUUGGUAAUUACUCAAUGACUAUAUGGUUCCCAGCUGAGAGUGCCAAUGAGAACAUUAUUCCAGUCUGUUCACCAGACUGUCCAGACAGAGUGGACGCUCACUACCUCCUUAAUGGCCGGCACUUCUGCAAACUGUGUAAGAAAGUCAUUCUAAAACGGGACCACCAUUGUUUCUUCACGGGAAACUGCAUAGGGAACCGGAACAUGCGCUACUUUAUCAUGUUCAGUAUCUACACAUCCUGUACCUGCCUAUACUCUCUGGUGCUUGGGGUGGCCUAUCUCACAGUAGAGUAUUCCAUCUCCUUUGAAAACCCUUUGACCUUCCUCACACUUUUGCCCCUCUCCACAGGUUACUUCUUCCUCGGUGCCAUCUCAGGCCUUCAGUUCUUUCUGGUCAUCAUGCUGUAUGUAUGGUUAGGCAUUGGUUUGGUGAGUGCUGGUUUCUGCUGCCAACAAGUCUUGCUUGUGGCCCGUGGACAAACCUGGUGCCAGCUACAGAAAGGGCAGCUAGUGGAGAGCCGAGGAACAUGGCGAUCCAAUUUGAGGGAUGUAUUUGGUUCCCGCUGGGUACUGGGCCUCUUUCUACCGGUACAGACUGUGGAGACCACUCCUGGAAACUGGCAUAGUUAUCAUGACCACAAGCAUGACUGACCAUAUUUAUUAAGUGCACAGUGAUGAAGUCUUAAUAUGGCAUCUGCUGUAUUUGCAAGGUGAAGAAAUGAUGCCAUCAUUGUAGAGAUUAGGUGGCAUUUCUCACUUAGAAUUAAUACAUCGAUUGAUGUUCAUCAGUGUUAUUCAAAAUAAAUGGUGAUUUUUUUGUAUUGAA